AUGUCCGCUAUUGUGCAAAAAAUCCUUGUCGUGGGUGGUAAUGGGUUGGUCGGUUCUGCCGUGUGCAAGGCUGCUCUUGCGCGGGGUACGGGUGUCGCCAGUAUUAGCAAACAGUUCUAUGACAAGGACUUCGUGGGCUUGCUCAAGUCCAUUACGGGUACCAGCCCGGUCGAGAGACACGUCAUCUAG